GCAGGCCCUCGCGGAGCGCACAGCCACCGCCUCCUCGCCUCUCCAAACUCCCGGCCAAGGCGCGCGGUGGCGUCCUCGCGCUCUCGCUGGAGCCCCCGCCCGUCGCCCGCGCGAGCCAGGCAUGAAUGCUGAGACUUGCGUCUCUUACAGCGAGUCGCCGGCUGCUGCCAUGGACGCCUACUACAGCCCGGUGUCGCAGAGUCGGGAGGGCUCGUCGCCUUUUAGGGCAUACGCCGGCGGCGAUAAAUUCGGCACAACUUUCCUGUCCGCCGCCACCAAAGGGCAGGCAUUCGGAGACGCCAAGAGCCGGGCCCGCUACGGCGCAGGGCAACAGGACCUGGCGGCACCUCUGGAGAGCGGCGCCGCAGCGCGGGGCUCCUUUAACAAGUUCCAGCCCCAGCCCCAGCCACCAGCCCCGCAGCCGCCGCAGCCGCAAUCACAGCCGCAGCCGCAGCCGCCGGCGCCGCAACAGCAUCUCUACUUGCAGCGAGGCGCCUGCAAGACGCCCCCGGACGGCAGCCUCAAACUCCAGGAAGGCAGCGGCGGCCACAACGCGGCUUUGCAGGUCCCCUGCUACGCCAAGGAGAGCUCCCUGAGUGAGCCAGAGUUACCACCUGACUCUGACACCGUGGGGAUGGACAGCAGCUACCUCAGUGUGAAGGAGGCUGGGGUGAAGGGUCCCCAGGACCGGGCCAGCGCUGACCUCCCCAGCCCGCUGGAGAAGGCCGACUCGGAGAGCAACAAGGGCAAGAAGCGGAGGAACCGAACCACCUUCACCAGCUACCAGCUGGAGGAGCUGGAGAAGGUCUUUCAGAAGACCCACUACCCCGACGUGUAUGCGCGGGAGCAGCUGGCCAUGAGGACGGACCUCACCGAGGCCCGCGUGCAGGUCUGGUUCCAGAACCGGAGGGCCAAGUGGAGGAAGAGGGAGCGUUUUGGGCAGAUGCAGCAGGUCCGAACCCACUUCUCCACCGCCUAUGAGCUGCCUCUCCUCACCCGAGCCGAGAACUACGCCCAGAUUCAGAACCCGUCCUGGAUUGGCAACAAUGGGGCUGCCUCACCCGUUCCAGCCUGCGUGGUCCCCUGCGACCCGGUGCCAGCCUGCAUGUCCCCUCAUGCCCACCCCCCUGGCUCUGGGGCCAGCAGCGUCACCGACUUCCUGAGUGUCUCUGGGGCUGGCAGUCACGUGGGCCAGACGCACAUGGGUGGCCUGUUUGGAGCAGCGGGCCUCAGCCCAGGCCUCAACGGCUACGAGCUCAACGGCGAGCCAGACCGCAAGACCUCGAGCAUUGCCGCCCUCCGCAUGAAGGCCAAGGAGCACAGUGCAGCCAUCUCCUGGGCUACCUGACAGGGCCCCUGCGGUCCCAUCCCCGCGCCCUCCCCGACCUUGGGGCACUGGCCAUGCCCAUGCUUUCCAGGCCCCCAGCCUCCCACUCGACUGUCCUCUUAGGAACCUGGCCUGGGCCAGGGCCUGACCCUCAGCACUUUCAGCCGCCCCAAGUCUGAGGCCCCGUGGACUGUGGGGAGGGAGGGGGCAGAGGGCCCCCGCCCCUCCCCCGCACAGAGGCCGAGAGCCCUGCUCCUGGCUAGAGGCAGUGGAGGAAGCUGGAUGGCCGAGUUUUGCAGUUGUGCAUCCAUUAGAAGCUGAAGACCCCUUCUCCCCACUCCUGCGCCUCCAUCCUGCCUGGUUUAACCGGCAAGUCGAGUUUAGAUCCCCAUCCAGACCCAGCAGCAGCAGUGCAGUCACGUCCAUCCCUCCCUCUUCUGUGUGGUCCCUGGUCACCAGGCCCCCGACUGUGUCUGAAGAACAGGCUGCUCAGCAGAGUCAGGCUCCUGCCUUCCCAUCUCCUUUUCUCUUCCUAAAAGCGCAUGGAAUCUGGCCUCCUGGACCCAGGGCACCUGCCUCGCCUCUCCCUGAACGGAGGAGUCCCGUCCUGGGUCCUGGCGGUCCCUUGUACUGGACACACCCAGAGGUCGUGGGCAGAGGAGCAGAGGAGCUGGAGCCAAAGAAUCCUGCUGUCACCCAGCAAUGCUGGCAUCCAGGAGGAUGGGACAUGUUCCCACGCCCUUGCACCCUGGAGACUGGAUCUGGGCGAACACUGAAGGGGUGGAUACAGGUCACCCACAGUACCCGUGGUGCUGGAGGAAGAAAAACUUCUAGAGGGAGAAAGGGCUGCAGAGAUGUGUCCAGGUGGGGACGGGGGAUCGCGCACACACUUCUGCCCUUCAGCUCGCCUGAUCCCGCUGCAGGCAGGGUGACAGCGACAGUGGCAGGUCGGGCAGCUCUGCUCUCCACCAGUCAGACCCCUCCAGGAGGAUCUUUCUCCCUUCCCCUGCCCCACCCUGGUCACUCACUGGGGCUGCUGAGCAGUGCCCUGGCGUGGAAGCAUUUAUACCUGGGACACACAAGCUAGAGCCUGGGGUCAUGGCAGAAGAGGGUCGAGAGCAGGGUACAGGAUUUACUAGCGGACGUGGGCCUACGCUCAGCCUCCAGGCAGGCAGAUCUGCCCUCACGCUGCCUCAGACUGCCUUUCUGUCAUCAGCCAUCCCUGGCACGGCACCAUACCUUCCAGAGCUUUCCAUGGCGGGUGGGGGCUCUAUGGUCCUCCAGGCGUAGGGCAGACAGAACCUGCCCUGACACUUCUUCUCUAGGGGAUCAGAAGUCUCAGCCCCUCUCUCUGGCCUCUGAAAGGGUUUGUGGGGCUUAGCUCCUCUGGGUCACUUGCUCUAUCUCAGAUCUGGGGGGCAGGACGUCCUCCGAAAGCAGGUUUCCCUGACUGUAAGAAGGGGCCUCCUUCUUGGGGGCGGGGGACUCCACAUCGGCCUGACUUGAGACCUGCAGCUUGGGUUUUGGCCCUGGGUCUUACCCGUCACUGAGGCUUGUGGCACACGGUGUCUGUGCUGAGGCGAGUCGUGCAGGACCUGGGAAGUCCACAGCAGUGGCCUCCAGGGAGAAGCCCAGGCCCUUUUUACCUUCUACCUUGACCCGGUCAGUGAGGAGGGCCGGGGGGCCUGGACACAGGGCAGCCCCUGGGGUUGGGCGGGGAGUGGGAUCCUCUGCCCUCAAGCUGCUCAGGGUUUACAGGAAACCGCAGUCUCCCCCUCGGCCUCAUGUUCUCAUCUAAUCCGGAAACAGGACUGGGGAUAGGAUCUGGCUUUGGCCUCCCUUAAUCACAGUCAGACCUCUGUGUGAACCGUAGCUCUAAAAUUGAUCUUCUAGAAGUGACAAGGGUCUUAGACAUUGAAUUAGAUGUUCUGGACGGUUUGGCUUUAAGGGUUUCAUUUGUUUAAGGAUCUUGGAAGGACUCUUCAGAAGCCUUUUCCAGUUCUGAGGGUCACUGAAAUCACUCCGACUCCCCAAAAUCUAACCAGGGGAAGAAGAAAAUUGCUUAAGGCUGGGAACAGUCCUUGCUUCCUCCUUAAAUGCUCUAGUGGCUGGAAGGAUCCGAGAAGAACUUUCACCAUAAGUACGUUUUCACCCAGGAAGAGAAUCAGUAUAUAAAGAAAGAGAAGUAGGAUAGCCCCAGAGGAGGGAAGAGAGAGAGGGCUUGAAGUAGAUUCUUCUGGAAGGAACCCUUGGUGCUCAAUCCUCUAUGUAUUUGCUUUCUGGCUGGGCUAGACUUAAGUCAGGCAAAUUUCAACUGAAACACCUGAGACGAAAAAGCCUCUGGUAGAAGAAGAAGCUGUUGCUCUGGCUGCCUGUCCCACCAACACAGCCCAGUCUCAAUGAUGAAAACAUCCCCGUGCAUCUCCCCACAGGGGGCUACCCAACCCCAGGCCUGUCCUCGCCCUGCCUCAGCUCUCUAGGACCUGCCUAACUAACACUCUGAGAACCACAGAACCACCGAGCUGGGUGGGGGGAUUAGAAACCCUGUCAGUCCAAUCCCUUCACAAUAGACGUGAGACGACCCCGUGCCCCAGUGGGGAAGUGACUGCCCCAGCCACCUUUAACCUGAGGCAAAGCUGAGAGAAGAGCCUGGACACGCCACCCGGGCUCUGACAGCAGCCUCAGUGGGCAUUGGGCGGCAGCUGCAUGAAGCCCCCCCGGGCCUCAUGCCUCACUCAGCAGCUCAGCUGUCUGCUUGAGUGCCACCCUCUCCUCAGCCAUCUCUGUUGGGUGGCGAGGCCCAGGCGUUCUGCCGUCAAGGGCGGCAGGAGUCCCUGUAACUGCUCAUCGAUGAAUAAGCAAGCUCGGAUGACCCCGGGCCGGCUGGCUUCCUUAGGAAGGCGGGUGGACAGUGCUCUGUAUGUCACUGCUAAGCGAAUAAGCUCAAAGACGCGAGGACCUCCUUCGGCUAUCUGCCUAAGAUCUCAACGGAGAUGGCGAUGGAAACCUGAAGGGCUGGGCAGCUGGCAGACCAACGGGCAGCCUCCCCGACACUGAGCCUCUGAUCCCGGCUGCGGCCAAGGCUUGACACUAAGGUGCUGCUACCACCCUCAGAUCCUGUCACUGCUCCUGGGCCUGGGAGGAGAGGGCUCUGGGGGCACAUGGAGAAGCUUGUCCCCACGUCUGCAAUGGCACUGGGAGGACACACAUAGGCUUUGUGAUGUUUUCUUGCGAUCUUUCCACUAUACUUGAUUCUCAGCUCUCACUACCGUGCCUCCAGCUUUGGGAAGCACGGUGUCCAGGUUAGUGCAAAGACACUGCAAAGGGGUGGGGGGCAGCAGUCGUGCGGUGGGGGCCCAGCACACAUUGCUGUGGCUACACUGGGCCCAACUCCAGCGCCCCCUCUGCCCUCGUUUUGGCUGGGGAGACAAGAGGAAAUUUGCCAGGAAAACUACCGUGUAUCCUGCUUACGCAGCCAUUCUCUCUGGGCUGGGUUGUGAGGAGACAGCUUGAGAGACACUCUGGGGCUUCCUGUCUGCUCGAUGGUCCUGACUGUCAGGUGCAGAGGCAAACCUGCCCAGCUGGGGGAGGAUGUCCGGCAAACGGACCUCCGGGAUAAUAAUCCAUGACUGUAACAAAGAAAACUGAGAAGGCAACAAAAACCCUACUUCUCCAAGUCACACCAACCUCACCCAUGUCACUUCACGAAGGACGCUGUAGGGAGGAAACGUUAUUCCGGUGAACACAACAUUACCCAGUCUUGCCCGCCCCCUCUCCCCCCUUCUCUUACGUACAUAGAGCUAGGCCUUUAUACUACUGAUUUUGAAGGACAGUUUUCCAUGUCUAAUAAUCUGUUUGGCUGCGCAGUGGUUGGAAAGAGAGCUGAGUGCUAGAAGGAACAUGAACCUCAACCGAUACUUACUGUUCUCAUUGUAAGAUAUUUUAACCCUGUAUAAACGCAAUUUUUCCUUUAGCUUAAUGGCCUGGGGUGGAUAUUAAAAAUAUAUAUAUAUAUUAAAAAUACAUUAAAAAUUCAGAAAAAUGUAUAAAAAAAUGAGGUCAGUUCUAUAAAGUUUUACUGCCUAUACCAUCAUGUAACUACAUUAUAGCAAACUAUUAAUAGAAGCGUUCUUGCCUUUCAAAGUAAGUUAUUGCACUUACAUCUUUUUUGGGAGGGGAGGGCUAUUGGUGAGAAGGGGCCUUCGGGGCCUAAUCGUGGGGCCACCUGGAGAGCAGAAGCAGCUGGACGCUCCCAAGCGCCCUUG